AUGCCAUCGCAUUUAGUCGAAAAGAAUCGUCAAACAUCUGAAGGUGAUUAUUGUUUAGACAAUAAAUAUGCGCGUUACACGUAUUUACCGCCGAUAAAAUUAAAUCCAAAUGAUAAAAUAGAGCCAUAUCGAUUACAAGUAACAUCGAAAACAAAUGAAAUACGAUAUUUACCAAAUUAUAUGGAUGAACCAUCAUCUAGUAGUGAUGAAGAAGAAGAAAAUGGUAAAACUCGUCCAUCGGCUGAACCGUUCACACUCGAUCAAUUUUUAAGUCGAAUGCAAUCAUCGCCAACAAAAACGCUACGACCAGUGAACUUAGAAAUACGGUACAAUAAUGAUGAUCAGGAAAGAAAUUUUUCAAAUAGACCACCAAAGGGAUUUUUAAAUCGUCCAUCGCAAAAAUCUACACCAUCAGAAACUCCUACACCUUCUGCAUGUAUUCAGCAUACAGUACAAAACAAUAGUCAUCAUACUCCAUCAGAAACAUCAAUACAUGAUGAUGAUCGACAACAAAAGUAA